GCGGCAUGCGCUUAUCACCGAUCGCUCCACCUUUUUGCACAACACACACAAUAGCGCUAAUCAUAUAUAUAGUCAUAUAUCUGAAACAGGAAUUCCCUCUGUGUUAUUUUGUGCUUUCACCUGCAAACAUGUGUACGGGAGCGUGCUCCAAGUUCAUCGCCGUGCCUCUCUAUAUCCUGGCAUUGGUCUCCAUCAUCUGCAACAUCGUGCUCUUCUUCCCCGACCUCCAAACCAAGUAUGCGGCCGAGGAUCGGGAAGGGCACCCUCGGAUCACUGAGGAGGUGAAAUACAUGGGAGGAGUAAUCGGAGGAGGCAUCAUGGUCCUCAUCCCCGCCAUCCACAUUCACCUGACCAGUUCUGGCAAAUGCUGCGCCAACCGCUGCGGGAUGUUUCUGUCCAUCGGCUUCGCAGCCGCCGGUGUGGCGGGGGCCGUGUACAGCCUGAGCGUGGCUGCCCUUGGCCUUGCCAACGGGCCGCUGUGCUACUGGAGCAAUCUGCAAAAUCCCUUCCCCAAAUGGGGGGUCCCCUUUGCAAACAGCACUGGGAACUACCUGACAGACAAGCACAUGUGGAAUUGGUGCAUCCUCCCCAAGGAUGUGGUUGAAUUCAACGUGGGGUUGUUCUCUACGCUUUUGGUGGCAGCCUGCCUUGAACUGAUCCUCUGUCUCAUUCAAAUGAUCAACGGGCUUUUCGGAUGCAUCUGCGGCACCUGUUCCGGAAAAGAGGUAGGGGCCAGGGCUCCCUUUUCGGCACCCUUUCAUACUAAGCGUAAUGCAUUCAUGGAGGAUUUGAAAUGGUGAUGAUCAGACACACUGUUGUGUAUUGAUUACAAAUCGGGGUGGGAAGUGCACGAUAACACACGAGUACUGUAUCACAGUCUAUUUUACUGUCUGUAUCAUGAUACGGUGCUUACAUGAUCAUUAAUGUACGAGAAGAAGAUUUUGUAUCUGACAUUUAUUUGAGAUAAGAAAUGAUCAAAUUACUUCUAGUGUGAUAGUAUGGCAGUUUUCCAAUACUGAUAUCACGAUAGGCUAACUUGUAAAAUGAUAGUAUGAUACAAUAUUAGUAAACUUAAGAUACAUCAUAUCUAUUACAAUAUUUUGCCAUCUGUAACACGAUACCGCGUUUAUGCAACACUUGAAAUAACCGAAGGGAAAAAAAACAUGGGAUCAUGACAUCAAUUAGACUAAAAUCUAUUACGCUACCAUUAUAACUUGACAACGGUAUCACGAUACAGCAACUGAAAUCACAACUGCAAUACAUCAUGAAAUGUCGCCGACUGCAAUGUACAGUAUGACGGUUAUAACCAACAUUCUACACGCAUUCUUUCAACAGUAAGCUGGCAAGGCAGACACUCAACGACGAGCCGACCCGCGUCAAGAUCAUCGAGGGGAUUGACUUCAGCUCCAGUGUGCAAAUGCAAAUAGACAGUUUGGGAAAUCCUUUGUACACCGUGGAGGCCUUCCCAUUACUCCAUGAUGUGAUUCCUUUCUCUGCUUCCCAUGACUGACAACACUGUGCUUUAUUUCUGUGUGUGUGUGUACAUGUUUGAACAUAUUUUGUAAUAAAGCUUACAAUGCGGCUUCA